CUCCUCUCUCCCCACCCCACUAAGGAUUUGAAGGUCUGAACUGUGAAAUCAACUUUGAUGACUGCUCCUACAGCUUCUGUGAAAACAAUUCAACGUGUUUAGAUCUGGUUGCAGACUACGCUUGUGUUUGUCCUCCAGGCUUCACUGACAAAAACUGUUCAAUGGACAUUGAUGAAUGUCCCUUCAAGCCCUGCAAAAAUGGAGCCAGUUGCCAUAAUUUGAUUGGCGAAUUUUACUGUAACUGCUUGCCAGGUUUUACUGGAAAGUUCUGUGAAACAAAUAUUGGUGACUGUGUAUCACAGCCUUGUGGAGCUCUCAGUCUCUGUAAGGAUGAAUUGUACGGCUAUCAUUGUUUCUGUGCACCUGGUUUUAUAGGUAAUAACUGCGAGACAGAAAUGGAUGAGUGCCUUAGUGGACCAUGCACACAUGGUGCUACAUGUGUUGACCAGCUUAAUGCCUUCAGCUGUCUGUGUUAUGAUGGAUUUGAAGGCACGCUUUGUGAAAUCAACAUAAAUGAAUGCCAUUCAAGCCCCUGUCUCCAUAAGGCAACCUGUAUAGACCUUAUUGACAGAUAUGACUGUGCCUGCCUAUCUGGCUUCACUGGUAUGCACUGUGAAACUGAUAUAGAUGAGUGUGCUUCAUUUCCCUGCAAGAAUGGAGGCACCUGCAUUGACCAACCUGGUAAUUACUACUGCCAAUGUGUGGCUCCAUUUAAAGGUUUUAAUUGUGAAUUCAAGCCCUGUGAGGGUGGGAAUCCCUGUGAGAAUGGAGCUGUGUGUCUAACGGAGAUGGAUUUGGAUGCCUUUCCCCUUGGAUUCCAUUGCCAGUGUAUGAAGGGCUUUGCAGGCCCACGCUGCGAGAUCAACAUUGAUGAGUGCAGCUCCAACCCUUGCCUCCAUGGAUAUUGCUACAAUGGUGAGCUCAGCAUUUGUUUCUCCUUUUCCUCUAAGCUGGAUUAG